AUGGGACAAGGUCAAUCAGGCCUACCAGGUGAAGGCGCUGGCCCUGGUGGCAACAAGAACGGCAAGGGCGAUGACAAAGGAAAGGAGGCAAAGAAGAAAUGGGAACCACCACUUCCAACUCGUGUCGGAAAGAAGAAGAGGAAGGGUCCUGAUGCGGCUGGAAAACUACCUGCAGUCUUCCCAAACACCCGUUGCAAACUAAAGCUACUCAAAUUGGAACGAAUUAAAGACUACUUGCUAAUGGAAGAAGAAUUCGUCCAAAACCAAGAACGUCUCAAACCACAGGAAGAAAAAAACCAAGAAGAACGUACUCGUGUAGACGAUUUACGGUCUUCUCCCAUGCACGUCGGAUCGCUAGAGGAAAUCAUCGAUGACGAUCACGCUAUCGUAUCUGCUUCAACUGGUCCCGAAUAUUAUGUAUCCAUCCUAUCAUUUGUCGACAAGGACUUGUUGGAGCCGGGUUGCUCAAUCCUAAUGCACCACAAGAAUCUAUCGGUAGUAGGUGUAUUGGCGGAUGAUACUGAUCCCAUGGUCUCUGUCAUGAAGCUGGAAAAGGCUCCUACCGAGUCAUAUGCUGAUAUCGGUGGUUUGGAACAACAAGUACAAGAAAUCAAGGAAGCUGUCGAGUUACCCUUGACACAUCCUGAAUUAUAUGAAGAAAUGGGUAUCAAGCCACCAAAGGGUGUCAUCCUAUACGGUGUACCCGGUACAGGAAAGACUCUAUUGGCAAAAGCUGUUGCAAACCAAACAUCAGCUACCUUCUUGAGAGUAGUUGGAUCGGAGUUAAUUCAAAAGUAUUUGGGAGAUGGUCCUAAAUUGGUGCGAGAGCUCUUUAGAGUAGCUGAAGAACACGCUCCAUCCAUUGUCUUUAUUGAUGAAAUUGACGCUGUUGGAACAAAAAGAUACGACUCUACUUCGGGAGGUGAACGAGAAAUUCAACGUACUAUGUUGGAAUUGCUCAACCAAUUAGACGGUUUUGAUUCUCGUGGUGAUGUCAAGGUCAUUAUGGCAACAAACAGAAUCGAGUCAUUAGAUCCAGCUCUGAUUCGACCUGGUCGUAUUGAUCGUAAAAUCGAAUUCCCAUUGCCAGACGUCAAAACCAAACGACGAAUCUUCAACAUUCACACAUCACGAAUGACGUUAGCUGCAGAUGUAGAUUUGGAAGAGUUUGUCAUGUCAAAGGAUGACUUAUCAGGUGCUGAUAUCAAGGCCAUUUGUACAGAAGCUGGAUUAUUGGCUUUGAGAGAACGACGAAUGAAGGUUGUUGCUGAAGAUUUGAGAAAGGCUAAAGAAAAGGUCUUGUACCGUAAGACUGAGGGUGUACCUGAAGGGUUGUACUUGUAA